AUGUCGCUGCAAGUCGCUGUCGCCCACACGGGUCAGCGGCUCGAGGCCGACCCCGUUUCCUUCAACUCGAUAGACGCUCUGAAAGCAUGGAUAGCCAAAGCUACUCAGAUCCCGCCCCAGGACCAGAUCCUGCUCACCACCCGAAGCAAGCAUGUCAAGCCCCAGACGCUUUUGACUGAGACCGAGAUAUUCGUCUUCGACCGCGACCUCUUCUCGCUCUCCUCUAAUCUACAGGGCAACCUCAUCCAGCCUACACCUCUACCCGAACCCUUCACGGCCGAUGACCCGCCGCGUAACCUUGCGAGCGACACCGACCUGAAGGCAUGGCAGGCCCUCUUCAAAGCUCGCCGAGAUUGGGCACUUGGGAUUCUACAAACGUCGCAAUCGUUGUCGCGGAUCGCCCAGCGCUACUUCGAGGAUCAAGGAGUCAUCGACCGAGCUGCGCGUAUAGCCGUGGGGAAUCACGAUUCCUACAUCAAGAAUCUCGAACAGAAACACUCCGAGGCGCGGAGCUGGUACGACGACGUCUCGAAGGAACAAGAGGACAAUGUGCGCUUCUGGGAACGGGACUUCUCGCAGUUGGAGUACCUGCCGGCGAAACGGGAAUUCCUUUCCUUCAUCUCCAAGGGCACGCAGCAAGCACAAAAUGGACAAAGGACCUCCAGUCAAGGCAUCACCCUCAAGGAGUAUAUUGACUACGAUAGUGCGAAGACGGCAAGCUCGGUCAGCCGGAAGACCAUCGAGACCUUUGGAAAACGAGUGUCGACCAUGGGCUCACAAAUUGAGAAAACCGCCUCCAAUUAUCAGGAGCUCCUCGGUGCUGUCGACCAAAGCCAGAGCCGAUCCGCUAUAGAUGACGUCGGAGAGCCUCUCAGACUGCUCGAGGAAAUUGAAGCUGUUGUCAAGAAAGUAGGCUCAGACUAUGAGCACGUGCUCAGCCUUACACCGAGUCCUAAGUCCGUUGCUCAAGUAUCGAAAAUGGCGUUACUGCAUACUAGGAACUACCUACCUGCUAUCCAAGAGUACAGCGCUGAGAUGGGCGACCUUGUGAGGAGAGCCGUGGAGCAGAAGAACGCGUCCGUCGCAAACGCAGUGGACAGUAUGCGUGGUAUUGCAAAGAUCGAAAACGUCAUCUCAACCCUGAACGACGAGUUGAAGAAACUUGAUUUCUCGCCAGAAGGGCUUGAGGCAUUCGAGAUGAUGUCCCUUGUAUCGAGAAUACCCUUCGUGUACGGCUCCCUGCUUAUAGAGGCUGUACGGAGGCAUGAAUGGGUAGAAAAGAUGAAGAAAGACUCCUCAGCACUUGCCGAAGAGAUGGCCGGAUUUCAAGACGAAGAAGAACGGCGGAGAAAGAGAUGGCUGAAACCCUUUCAAGAUCUAGUGAAUAUAGAGGCCAUCCAAGGCAACAUGCUUGGCUUCGAGAUGAACAUCCAAGGAGAAAAGCAGAAUUGGCCUGUUGUCAGCCGAGAAGAGGUUCAGGACUAUCUCCAGUCUCUGCAGACGUUGGAAGGGCAGGAAUCUUCGGUUGGACCACUGAUCCAGGCAUUCAAGGACCUCGACAAACCUACGAAGCAGCAAGUCAAGAGGGCGAAGAACUUCAAAGCUGGAAGCGUACAUGAAGGCGCGUUCGGACAGGCCUCUUUGCUUCUACGUGGGGAUGAUGAAGCGCGCGUAUUGAAGGAAGCCAAUGUGAAACUGGAAGAGGAAUUGAAAGGCUCCAAGAGCCGUGUACGUAGGCUCGAGGAUCUGUUACAUCGGCAAAGUACGCUUAGUCGACUAUCAAUUGGAAGUGGAUUCCAGCCCCAGGGCCUCCAGAGUCCAGCUGAGCCUUCUACUCCUAACCCGGAUCGACCACAAGACCAGCUGUCGCGGCGAUCUUCAGUCUCUUCUCGUCGAUUUUCUUCAAACCAGGGCCCGGACGAGAAAGCGCUCGCUCGUAAAACUUUGAAACUCGAAGCUGAUCUGGCAGCUGAGAAGGAAACAGUUGCUACUCUACGAAAGGAAGCGCAGUCAAGGAACAAUGAAGACGAGGACCUCAAACGCCAAAUCGAGGAUGCCAACUUCACAAAGAAGGAUCUGAUGGAGAACAUGGAAGCUCAACAGAAGGAGUUUGCCACGGAGCGCCGAUCUCUGGAGGAUGAGCUCGCCAAGUAUAAGCUCAAAAUCGAGGACGCCGAAGAUGAGUUGGACCGUAUACUAGGAAGCCGCGACAAUGAGCGGACUGGAACCGAUACCAAGAUCCAGAUCCUAGGGGCAGAGAUGGAUCAACUCCGCACUGAAGCCACCGAAGCGGCCGAUAGAGCAGCUUCGCGGAUCAAGGAGUUAGAAUCUAUACUUCAAACCCGGGACCAUUUGGAGAACCAACGGCGGACUUCUCUCGUCACUGUCUACCGGCAUCUGUCUUCUGACGACACGGAGCCCGAAGAUCAUGACCACUUAAUCUCUCAGCUGGAAGACCUGGCCACAAGAUCAGUGACCCAUCUUCAAGAAUUGACGCAAGCUGUUGCCAUUGCCAAGUCCGAGAACCAAGCCGUCAGAUCCGGAGCAGAGAAAACGAAGUCUGAGCUGUCAGCUAAGGUAGAUGCCUCCGAGAAAGAGAGGGAUUCUCUACGCAAGCAGCUAGACAUCGAAAAGGCGAAAGCUGUUUCGAUCAAGGCCGAGCUCGAGGAGGAACGUGGGCACCUCGAGGAUCUGCGAACUAAAUUUGCUGCAGGCGAAACAGGAUCUGAAGCACUUCGUCAACGAGUGGCUGACGAGGAGUCUAAGGUCGAAAAGCUUUCCAGCGAACUCGCAGAAUCGAAGUCUCAUGCUAUCAGCUUAGACGUAGCACUCAUGUCACUGCAGAAGCAAAUAUCGAAGGACUCCGAGACGGAAACUUCGAGGCUGCAACACACUGGUGCGCGUGCCAAGGAGGUCACUCGCCGAUUAUACACUGUGAAUCAGCGGCUCCUACGAUUACUAGAGUCCUUUGGAUUCUUGAUAUCAUACGAAGGAGACUCCAUGGUGGUGCAGCGGGCCUCGAGAGCAAGCGCAAGCACGAUGCUAAUAAAUGACCCCUCUAACUCCAUUAACCGGGGUGUUACGACACCUUCACCAACGCGGCUAAAGAUGCAUCUCGAAGACCUGUCAGAUCUUACAUUCCUUCAAUGGCCUGAGACCGACGACACAGCAGAAGAGACCCAGAGAUUCACUGAGUUGAUCAAUACCCUUGAUCAAUUUGACAUGGAAAUGUUCUGUGAGGCAGUACUGAAGCGAAUGCGAGAUAUGGAACACACAGCACGCAAAUUCCAAAAGGAAACCAGAGCUUAUCGGGAGAAGUACCACCGUGCUCAGAGCGAGGCGCACGAGAAGAUCGCGUUCCAUUCAUUCAAAGAAGGCGAUCUCGCGCUGUUCCUCCCAACACGAAACCAAGCAACUCGUCCAUGGGCCGCAUUCAACGUGGGUGCGCCUCACUACUUCCUUCGCGAACAAGACUCGCACAAGCUGCACGGACGUGAGUGGCUUGUUGCACGCAUCUCCAAAGUCGAACCGCGCGUCGUCGACCUCUCCAAGACGAUGGAGAGCGUCCGUAACAGCAGCGACUCCCGCUCUAUCACCAGCGGGGUGUCUUAUGAAGACGAUAACCCCUUUGAACUAUCCGACGGCCUCCGCUGGUACCUGAUCGAUGCCGCGGAAGAAAAGGCUGGAGCCCCUUCUACGCCCGGUCUCGGCAAGACUACCGUUGCGAGCGCGCACGUAGACGCCAAGGGCAGCAUCCGCAUGACGAAGAAAUCCGGUUCCAACGACCCGACCAAGACGCUGAACAAGAGCCUCGACAGCCGCCGUAGCAGCGCCAACUCCCGGAAGAGUGCCCCAACCGCAGCAGGACGCCAAGGCUCUUCCGAAGCAGUUUCUCUCGCGGAUGGAGGCGAAGGCUCCAACGCCAAUCCCGCCGCGAACCCGGCAGCUGCACUGGGCACAUCACCCAAUUCCAACUCUGGCCCUGGCCCUUCUCAUCCCCGCACCCACGCUGAGAACGGAGCAUCGUCCUCCUCCACCUUCGCUCAACCACCGCCCUCAACGAGCCGAGUGCAAGAUGCAGACGAGGUUCGCAAAGACCUGCUCUGGGGUCCGUGA